GCAAUGUAUUGGGUCUUUCGUACACGAAUACCUUGAGCAACGAGCUGAAGGCAAUACGGCGUGAAAUGCAGAAGCUGACACAUUUUUCAGCAUGACUGAAUAUUGGAUCUCGCGCAAGCGAUGGACAUGCCCGUACUGCGACAUUACGAUCAACGAUGACGUGCCAUCCAGGCAGCAGCACGAGAAUGGACUGCGCCACAAGGGAAACGUUGAGCGAGCUCUCAAAAAUGUCUACAAGCAGAGCCACUUGCAGAGAAAGGAGAAGAGCGAUGCAGCGAAAGAAAUGAAGAGGAUCGAGGCGGCAGCCAAGGCGGCUAUGGAGAAGGACAGUGCUGCAUUUAUCCCUGUGCUAGCCGCCGUCUCUCCAUCUGCGGCGGCUGGGCCAAGCAAGGCUGCGCAAGAAAACAAAUCUGCUCCAGGGAAACCAGCCGCGUGGAAACCCAAGGACCCUUACAGCGUCUACGGAAACGUCGCUUCAGACUAUGCCACGAGCAUGGAAGAGGCGCAGAAGGGAGCACAGGAGGAAGAGGAGCGAAGACGACAGGAGGGGACAGCAAGCGAAUGGUCGGUGGUUGAGCCUUCUGCUGCGGCACCGCGGCCAGCAGAUGCUCCGUCAAUACCACACGCCAGCACCUCGGCAAGCACCACAAACGCGCUCACGGAGCGUGACGAGGCGCGGCAGUUCCGCGUACGAGAGCGGCAAGUGGCCUUUGAUGGCGAUUCUGGCGGCAGCGACGAUGGUCACAGAGCCAGUGGCAUCACGGGCGAAAUCCGCGUGAAGAAGCGUGUCAGGACGAAAACGCAAAGAGAGGCGGAGGAGGAAGAGGACCGCAAGAAGCGUACGCUACCAGAGUGGAAGCCGCUGAAGAUUGUCGAAGAUAGCUAUGAAGGCGAGGGCGAAGUGGAGGCACCGGUCGGAUCGUCGAACCGAGCACACUCAGACGAUGCGUCAGAAAGACCGCCCGUGCACCUCGCUGCUGGAGAGGUAAGCUCAGCUGCCAAGGAAGAAGAACAGGAUACACCCUCGGUCAGCGUGGAGAUCGCUUCAGAGCCGCUAAGCGCGGGCGGCGCUCGCACACUCGAGCAGCCCACCGUGGCUUCAGCAACAGGAUCAGCAGUCGAAUCAGCAGCUGCAGCAGUAGCGCCUGCGGCUGCUGCUGCUUCUGCAGGAGGAAUGUUCAAGAGGCGGAAAGGCGGCGCGAACAGGGAUACGAAGAAGAUAUUUGUGUGAUCAAGUGCAGAAUGCUGCAUGCAAUACAUGGU